AUGUCUCACAACGUCGAGAAGAUUACUGACGCCAAGGUCUUCACGGAGAAGGUCCUAGAAUCCUCAGGCCCAGUCAUUGUCGACUGCUCUGCAGUCUGGUGCGGCCCUUGCAAGGCUAUCUCUCCCGUCUUCCAGCGCCUUAGCACCCAGGAAGAUUUCAAGAACGCCAAGUUCUACGAGAUCGACGUCGACGAACUCGCUGAAGUUGCUGCUGACCUCGGUGUCCGUGCUAUGCCCACUUUCAUGUUCUUCAAGGACGGCCAGAAGGUUAACGAAGUUGUUGGUGCCAACCCUCCGGCCCUUGAGGCUGCUGUCAAACAGCAUGUCGCUUAA